UUGUUUAGUCUAUAUUUUAAAGAGCAUUUUAUACAACGCUGCUACAUAUUAUGCCUACUAAUUAAUAAUACAAUAUUUAUAUUUAGUUUAGUCUAUCCUUUCUUGUUCCACGUGUAGUUGUAUUUCGCUUUAGUUAUCCUCCUUACAUGUAGGCUCCAGUAGAUGGCGCCAGUCGUACUUUGCGUUGAUCGAAGAAGAGAUAUUUUUGCGGCAAGUUUGAGUUUUGUUUACAGUAAAACUUUUGCGAUUAGUCUCCAAUCAUGGGAGCCAAGAAGGGCAAAAAGCAAGAAAAGAACAAGAAAGCAUUGCAGACAAAUGUGGAGGCUGGUGAAUUAUCAGAUUUAGCCACUGCAAGUUUCAUCGAGGGACUGCAGCAAAACAAUGGUGUUCCUCUUCACAGCACAGCUCUGGAGGAAGACUUGGGAGCUGCAGAAGAAGAACAGGACCAGAAAAAGUUGACAAAACAAACAGUGAAUCACAAAGAGAAAGCAAAUGAGAGGAAGAAAUCCACUUCAGGAAAGAGCAAAAAAACAGAUCCCUCCACAAACAGAGCCGAGGGGAAAAAGGUGACAAAGAGGAAGAGUUCUGGAGACGCAGAUGCAGCCAGAGCAAUGAAAAAGCAGAAAGUUAAGAGCCAAAAGAGAAUUGCUUCAUCAGAGGAACCCAGUGAUCCACAGUCUCAGGAGAGUGAAGAAGAAGUGCCCCAUCAUAUCCAUGAGGUCUCAUCUGACGAGGACCUGGAGGAGAGCUGGAAACCAAGUCCAAAGAAACAGAAAGGUCUCGGUCCAAAGAGAUCCAGGAAGUCUUCAUCUGACAGAUCCAGAAAGUCUACUUCAGGCAGUGAACACCAGCCUGAAAAAGUGAAGGAAAAGAAGAAACUGAAGCGAUCGGGCGUCACAGAGUCUGAAGUGGUGCUGGAGGAGUUGGAUUUUUACGAACAAUACAAGGAGACGGUCGAGUCCAAAGCAGUGAAGCAGGCGCUGGACUAUUUUGCUUCAAAUGUGAAAGAUCAACUCACGGAAAAGAUCUUCUCCAGUAAACAGCUGAAGACUGUGAUGAGAGAAAACUCAAAGUUGGCCUCCGCAAUUCGGACAAAGAGACAGCAACUUUUGGAUGCCAAGAACGAGCUCAUUAAGUCCGAGCGACAGUUGUGGCUGCUGCAAAAAGACAAAUCUGAACUGGAGCAAAACUUAAAGGAUUUAAAUCAAAGCAAAACUUUCCUCCAAAACCUGCGAGAGCUCAACAAACGAUAUCUUCAACACAGACAGGAGAAUCCAGACGAGAGAGAAACGUACGGUGUGUCCAGUUUACCGGCUUUACUCAUCGAGGCCAAACACGUCCAAACCACAGAACUUCAGCUGAAAGAAAUCAACAAUAGACUGCAAAAAACUGUCAAAGAAAAAUAAGGAAGAGGAGUGAGUGUUUUAUUAUUUGCUAACUUUAAAUUGUGUUAUCUGUCCUUAAUGUUACUGUAUUCAUCAAAGAAAAGUGCUUUGUUUUUUGUAUUUAAAUAUUUUCUGCCAAUUUUCUGUUGUUAAAUAAUAAAAUUUUAUUUGUGCUAAAUAACUGAA